AUGUUUCCGAGACGACCUUUAUCUUCCAAUAGUGGUGGUGGAGAUGGAGGAGGUGCUUGGACUGGUCCUCUCUUUUCAUUCAUUACAGAAGGACCUUUCCGAAGAGGACUCUCUCCAUCCAACCAACACAUGCAUCAUCAUGACAAUCCAUUGAAAAAUAUGAGACCAUUGGGACAAGUCAUGAGUAUUCAUUCCGAUCGCCCAUCAAACCCCACACAAUUGGCUUGUUUACCUUCCGAAUUAUUCGGAGUGAUUUUAACCUUCAGUGGAAUACAGUGUCUAUCUCUUUUCGCUUGCCUCAAUCGUUCGAGUUUUGAAAAAUUUGAAAAUGAAGAUGAUCUCGUUUACAAAAUUUUAUUACAGACCUUGAUGAAGAAAGAUGAAGCCUAUAUUGAACAAGUACGCACAACACUCGGAUUUACCUAUAAAUAUAGUUUGAAACAAUUAGUGAGAAGAGCGAAUCGAGUAUUGGGAAAUGGAAAUUAUUUAUUGGAUACGAUGCAUUUGAGUGAAGAAAAAGAAGAGGAAGAAGAAGAUGGUGAAGAGAAUACUACCCAUGCUAUCACCACCACCACCACUCAGAAUGAUCCACUAGAAACCAAAUGCGAACUCUCCACUAUUAAAAUUCCAGAAAAUGAAAGAUUGUCUCUCACAGAAUGUACCGUCGAAAUGAAUCUUUAUAUUGGACAACCUUCGUAUGGAACAUUGAUCAAGUUGGGAAAUGAACAUUUUACAUUGAGUAUUGAAAUUGAGCAUUCCACGUUGAAACUUGUUGAAAAUUCAAACAUACUUGCCUAUCAGCAUCUUUCAUUGAAUACAUGGACACAUAUUGCCUUUGUCACAUGUUCUUCAUCCUAUGACAAGGACUAUUAUUCGCUUCGAUUUUUGGCAAAUGGAAUGAAUAUUCAAACAUUGCACCAUCUUCCAUUGCCAUCCAAGGACUUUACUCGAGUGGAUUUUUUAACCUGUUGGCAGAAUGAGUUGAGGAAACCUUUGAUUGGAAAAUUCACAGAGAUACGAAUAUGGAAUUGCUCAAAACAAGAAGAUGAUAUUGUAAAAAACAUUCAUGGAAGAUUGAAUCCAUUUGUGAAAAGUGUACAUGUGGAUCAUUUGCUUUUAUAUUUUUAUCCUGACUUGGAGGAUGAAGAUAGUGCUCUCGAUGGUGUGAAAAACAAAUCUCCCCUCAAAGAAAUGAAGAAUUUGGAAAAUCAUUUAAAGAUUUCUCCAAAUAUAAGGAUUCGAAAGAUUGAGGCAAGACAAGCUGGAUUCUUUGAUCUUUGUAACCUUCUCUAA